ACAGAUGUCUGUCUGUCUGUCUGUCCUCAGUGUGUGUCUGUCUGAGUGGCUCUCUGAUGGCUUCGACGCGCUGAUGGCGAUGAUAUGUGCUGAAGGGAGAGAGAUCGGCCGAUGAGCCGACGGACGGGCUGACUGAACUGAACUGAAUCCCUCACUAUGUCGCCUUUUGGUCGUAUGUGCGUCGAUCUCACUGUGUUGUGUUGUGGGGCUUUGCGUGUCGGUCGGUCUGGCUGCCGUUGUCAUGGCUUCGGCCGUCUGCUGCCAUGAGUGUGUCGGCCGAUGGGUGGGGGGCGGGGGAGAGAUGACAGACAGACAGAGAGGGAGGAUUGGCUGGCUGGCUGCACAAAGGAAUCGCUGUGGGGUGGCGGUGGCCGUCUGUCUGUCUGUUGGUCGGGCUUGUAUGACGACUGCUCGCGAGAGUGUGUUGAUCUCUCGUCGAUGCAUCCGUCACACACGGCCGGCUCACAGACAGACAGACAGACAGACACACCCUGAUCUGCCUGACAGAGAGAGAGAGGGAGAGAGGGAGGCCUGAGAAAGAAAGUCGUGUUUUGGUUUUCUUGGCGUGUGUAUCCUCCCCUCUCUCUCUCUGUGGGCAUCUCUGAUGUCGGUCAGGAACCUGAGAGCGUCAGCCCAUGAAGGGUAUUGGUGCUUUAGGGUUGCCGGGCGGUGACAGAGAUGCACACAGAGGGGCGGGCGAGGGAAUGGACACACACACAUACACACACACACACACGAGUGGAUGGACCGAUGUGCGCCUCUCUAUUGUGUAUUGUGACAUGGGAUGUGUCUGCCCGACGCGCCGGUGAGUUUUUGGACGGCGGGGGGAGAGAGUGAGGGGGAUGGGAUGGAGACGUCUGUUUGGUGCUGCUGUGGUGUGAGGUUUGUGGGAGGUGUGCUGGCUGUUUGCUGUGGGAUGGAGAGAGGGUGUGUGUUCGUGUGCUGAUGUUUCUUCCGUACGCAGGACACCUGACACAGUGACUGCUGAUCAUUGCUCUCUGAGUGCGGUGGGCAUCGAGCAGCUGACAGACAGACCUACACACACACACACACUUAAGUGCUUUUGGCGUGUUGACUUGUUCGAUAUCAUGCCUUGGGUGCAUAGCUGCACGCUGACGGUGUUGUUUUCUUACUGCAUGAUGCCCGUGCUGUGUAUACGUAUCUCACUCGCUGUCUGUUGGACACAUACAGGUCUGUGUGUACAGUUCGUGUCUCUACUGACGACAUGACUGGCAAGCUAUCGGCUUCUCUCUCAGCAUAUCUCUCUUGAUGUCAGCUUGACGGACAUUCAUUCAGAUGAACGAACCAUGUCAGAGAUCCCAUCAAUGGAAUUGCGUCUAGAAACUGCCGGUCAUGCAUUCAGCCAGCCCGCCAGCCACAGAAGAUGCAUCCAUCCCAUUUGCAAAUGAUGGAGUCAGGUACACAUACACGGACAACACAGAGAGAAUGUCGCUCGCAGAGAGAUGAAAUGGAAAGACGGCCGAGCGAAAACUCACUCCAUGUCACUCUUAUCGGGCAGGCAGGCAGGCAGACAGGGAGGCAGAUACACAAACGCCGAAAAACGGAGACACACACACGCAGCACGGGAGAGGCGACAUUCAGCGCGGAAACUGUCUGCCAUCCAUCCAUCCACAUGGAGCCAAACGUACAUAAACAGACACCGAACACAGACCUUUGCGGAGAGAUAUCUGGCGAUAGGGGGUGGGUGAGCACAAAACCCACUCCUGUGCGUCAUCUGACUCACAGCAGGCAGCUACCUGGUCACGCAGACACGUGCAUGCAGCCACGACAGCCACGACACAAUCGCUCUCGUACAUAGGGGCUGCUCAGUGCGGCUGUUCUUGCUAGGCUGCCUCUCCCUCCUCUCCCUGGCCAUCCUCGCCACGGCUCUCCUAAAUGAAUCACACCAUCAGGAUCAAAACUGGCUGUUAUGUGUGUGAGGUCUGUGUACCCGGCUCCUGAGCGUGCCGAUUUCCUCCCGGAGCCGCUGAAUCUCGGCCUCCAAACGAUGCCGCUCCGCAGCUUCCUGCACACACAGCAGCCACACAGACACUGACAGACCGAUCAGUGGAGCUGGCUGUAGCAGUCUGACUGACCUUUUUGCGUGUUGACUCUCUUUCGAUGAGAUGGUCAUAGAGCUGGUCGAAGGCCUCCUCAUCCUGUGCAUCGACUGCCUUCUUCAGGGCGCUUUUGAAGGCCGUCUGGAUGGCUGAUGGGAGGAGGGGCACCACGGGCAGGACGGCAGGUACGUGACUGAUGUCAAAGAAGUCAGACUGCAGCGCGGAUGAGACUUGAUCAACACGAUAUUGGGACAGGCCCUCGAUGGCCGCCAGCCUGAGCAUCAGCAGGCACACGCACUGAAGUGACCUACCUUCCUGUGUGGCUGAUCCCGUCGCUGACACGUACCUUUUGCUUGAGAGUGUUUCCUUCAAACCGUCCUUUCUGUCCAGCGACGGCGAUGCUGUAUCGUGGCCUUCUUUGUUGCCACCAGGUGGCUGCUCCGCGCGAUGAGCAGCAGAGCGAGCAGGAGGCCUGUUCGACAGGCCAUUGCACUCGACACCCACCUCGUGAGGUAAACGACAGGGCUGCAAACCCAGCAGCAAAGAGAGUACGAGCGCCACCGGAACAGCCGCGACAACUGGCGGUAACGACGCCGGACGCUGCCGAUAGGCACGCCUCGCUAUGCACCAUUGCUCGUGGAGCCAGGCCAGGCUGUCGGACAUCUUCGCAAACAGGGAAUGGCAGAAGCACAGGAUCCCUUGUGCUGCUGAGACCAGCGACUGGGGAAGGCGAAGAAGGGUCACAAAGAUGC